CAUUUGUCACCUUUUCAACACAUGCUGCUUAAAAUCCACACAAAAUAUACUUUGGGUAUGGCACUAAUUUUCCCCUUCCUAUAUAGCCAACCUUAUACAAAAAUUGUGGUACCAUCCCUUCAUCCUUUAACAACACAGCAAAAUGUCUCUCCUCCCCUCCCUCCUCCUCAACCUCACCCUCGCCGACAUAGCCAUCGCCAUCACCCUCCUCUUCCUUUCAUCCUCACUCAUGAACUACCUAACCUCAAAGGGUCCAAUGAUGUGGCCAGUCCUCGGCAUAAUCCCGACCCUCUUCUUCCACAUCUCCAACAUCUACGAGUGGGCCACAGACGCUGUCCUCUGCUCCGGCGGCACCUUCCCUUUCCGCGGUAUGUGGUUCGGCCGAUGCUACGGCAUCAUCACCAUCGACCCCCUCAACAUCGAGUACAUGCUCAAGACCCGCUUCUCCAACUUCCCUAAAGGCCGGUACUACCGUGAACGCUUUCUUGAUUUCCUCGGCGACGGCAUCUUCAACGCCGACGAUCAGACUUGGAAGGAUCAGCGCCGCGCUGCGACGUCUGAGAUGCACUCCGCAAGGUUUGCUCAGUAUUCGGUCGAGACUAUUCGGGAGCUGGUGCACCGCAAGCUGCUAGUGCUGCUGGAGAGGCUCGCAGACGGGAAUUUGGCUGUAGAUCUUCAGGAUGUUUUUCUGAGAUUUACUUUCGAUAAUAUUUGCACGGCGGCGUUUGGUGUUGAUCCUGGGUGUCUGGGAAUCGAUCUUCCAGUGAUUCCGUUCGUGUGGAAGGUGAUGAAGUCGUUAAAUGUUUGUACGGAGAAGAAACUGAAGGAGGCGAUAAAAACAGUGCAUGAGUUUGCUGAGAAGACAGUGUCCAAGCGUCGAGCUGAAUUUCUGAAGCUCGAAGGACUCGACAAUAGAUCAGAUCUGUUAUCAAGGCUCAUGGAAGUUGAUGAUGUAGAAUCAGGCAAAUUCAAAUUCUCCGACAAAUUCCUGAAGGACUUCUGCAUCAGCUUCAUCCUUGCCGGACGUGACACCAGCUCAGUGGCGCUGGCGUGGUUCUUUUGGCUACUGAACCAGCAUCCGCAUGUCGAGCAACGCAUCCUCGAAGAAAUCUCAACUAUCCUGGGAAAACAUAGGCUCAACUCUAGCACAAUAUUAACAGCCGACGAACUUAAACGAAUGGAGUACCUCCAAGCAGCCCUAUCAGAAUCUCUUCGACUCUACCCAUCGGUUCCAAUCGACUUUAAAGAGGUUCAGAACGACGACGUGUUCCCCGAUGGAACAAGGGUUAUGAAGGGAGCGAGGGUGAUAUACUCGAUAUAUUCGAUGGCGAGGGAUAAGUCAAUAUGGGGAAACGACUUCAGAGAGUUUAAACCAGAGAGGUGGAUCAAGGAUGGCGUGUUUGUGAGUGAGAACCAGUUUAAGUAUGCAGUGUUCAAUGCAGGGCCCAGGCUUUGUAUAGGGAAGAAAUUUGCUUACAUGCAGAUGAAGAUGGUGGCUGCUUCAAUUCUGAUGAGGUAUCAUGUUGAGGUUGUUAAAGGGCAAGAGGUGAUGCCCAAAAUGACCACAACUUUGUACAUGAGGAAUGGACUCAAGGUGCUUGUUAGGCCAAGAGAUAAGAGUUUUAUGUGAAUUGUGUUAUUGAGAUUUGGGAAUGGUGUUAAGAAAAAUGCAUUAAUGAAAACAGCUUUACCCAUGCUAAAAUUCAUUAGUGAAGUUUGUUCUGGAGUGAAUUGGAUGGGAAGUGUAAACUACAAUACGUAGAAAUAUAAUUACUACAAUAAUGUACAAGUAUGUCUAUGCGUGUAACAAUCUAGUAUUUUGUUCUAGCUUGGUGGUUUAUGACUGCAUUAAAUUUGCACAAGGAACUAUUUGGUUACA